CUAAUCUCUCUCUCUCUCUAUCUCUCUCCCCCCCCUCUCUCUCUAUCUCUCCCUAUCUCUCCCUAUCUCUCCCAUUUCCAUUCUCUCUAUUAAUAACAACCAUAGCCCACUUCUUUCUCCCAUGCACUUGUCCUCUUCAAUUCAACCCACUACCUCACUUCUCUUCUCUCCUUCAUAUCAACAAACACUACAAAAUAAUCAUAUAACCACUUUUCUUCUCUCUUUUCUUCUCUGACAACCAACCAACAAACCAACCAACCUAUCUCAUUCUCUCUAUUUAUUUUUCUUCAACUACAAAUUUUUAUAAGCUUCCUAUACCAAUUUACAUCAUCAAGUAUAAGUGUUUCUGACACACUCACACACUUACUAGUUACUGGUUACUACAACCUUAAUAGAAUAAUGUCUAGCAGAAGAUCUCGUUCUAGACAAUCCGGUGCUUCCUCUGAGAUCACUGAUGCUCAAAUCACUGAUCUCGUCUCCAAGUUACAACAACUCAUCCCCGAACUUCGCGCUACCCGCUCCAACAAGGUUUCAGCUUCUAAGGUAUUGCAAGAGACUUGCAACUACAUAAAAAACUUGCAUAGAGAAGUUGAUGAUUUAAGUGAAAGAUUGUCACAACUUUUGGCAACUACAGAUUCCAACAGUGCUCAAGCAGCUAUAAUUAGGAGCUUACUUAUGUAAUAGUGUCUAGUUAUAUAUAUCUAUAAUAUAUAACUAUACUACUACUCUUGAAUUUGUUUGUAUUGUGCAUGUCCUUGUCUCACUUUAUUGUUAUUCUCUUAUCUGAGUAGGGUUUAAUUUGGUUUGUAGACCAAGGAAAAAGGGCUAUAUACUAUAUAACCUUUGUUAGUCCUUGAUUAAAUUAGUUUGUGACACUUAAUUUCCAGUGAGAUUAUGAUAUCUUAUCAUCAUUAUCAUUAUCAUUAUCAAUAUCAAUAUCAUUAUCACUAUGAUUAUCAUUA